CGGUGUCCGUGGCGCAUGCGUGCCGGCGCCCCCCGCCCCUGCUCGGUCUGUGGUGCCCCCCGGCAGCGCGGCCGGUGUGGUGGCGUGCGGCGGGGCCGGGCGGCUCCGCUCCCUUCCCCCACCGGGCACUGCACUGCGCAGGCGGCGCUCGCACGAUGGCGACCGGAGACGGUGGCGACGAGGUGCGGGUGCUGCAGAACCUCCGCGGGAAGAUCUAUGAUGCCAAGCACUUAGUACCCAAUAAAAUGAGAGACUUUUUCUGUACCAUAAAUUUGGACCAAGAAGAAGUUUUUCGUACACAGGUGGUUGAAAAGUCUUUAAGCCCUUAUUUUGGAGAAGAAUUCUACUUUGAGAUUCCAAGACCAUUCCAGUGGUUGUCCUUCUACAUAUAUGAUAAAAGUGUUCUGCAGAAGGACCUACGUAUAGGAAAGGUGUCCAUCAAAAAAGAAGAUCUGUGCAACUACACAGGAAAAGAGAACUGGUUUAUGCUUCAGCCUGUGGAUUCUAAUUCAGAGGUUCAGGGAAAGGUUCACCUUGAAUUAAAACUGAAUGAGCUGAUAACAGAUAACGGAUCUGUGUGCCAGCAACUGGUAGUACACAUAAAGGAGUGCCAUGGGUUGCCUCUUAUAAAUGGGCAGAACUGUGACCCUUAUGCAACAGUCUCUCUUGUGGGGCCUUCCAGGAAUGACCAAAAGAAGACCAAAGUAAAGAAGAAAACAAGCAAUCCGCACUUCAACGAAACCUUUUAUUUUGAGGUUACCAGGUCCAGCAGUUACACCAAAAAGUCCCAGUUUCAGGUAGAAGAAGAAGAUAUUGAGAAACUAGAAGUCAGGGUUGACCUGUGGAAUAAUGGAAAUUUGGUACAAGAUGUCUUUCUAGGAGAAAUUAAAGUUCCUGUGAAGGUGUUACGAAAUGAUUCUUUCCAAGCAUGGUACUUACUGCAACCAAGAGAGAAUGGGAAUAAGUCUUCUAAAACUGAUGAUUUGGGAUCACUUAGAUUAAAUAUCUGUUACACUGAAGACUGUGUACUUCCCUCUGAGUACUAUGCUUCCCUAAGAAACUUGCUGCUAAAAUCAUCAGAUGCUCAGCCAAUUUCUGCAUCUGCUGCCUACAUACUGAGUGAAGUUUGUAGAGACAAGUAUGAUGCUGUUCUGCCUCUUGUGCGGUUGUUGCUACACCACCAUAAGCUAGUUCCAUUUGUUGCUGCAGUUGCAGAGCUAGAUCUGAAGGACACCCAAGAAGCAAACACAGUCUUCAGAGGCAACUCACUAGCAACUCGAUGUGUGGAUGAAAUGAUGAAAAUAGUGGGGAAGCACUACCUAAAGGUUACUUUGAAACCUGUUAUUGAUGAGAUAUGUGAGUCUCCUAAACCCUGUGAAAUAGAUCCCAUCAAAUUAAGAGAAGGGGAUAAUGUAGAAGUCAAUAUGGAAAAUCUACGCUAUUAUGUGGACAAAGUGUUCCGUGAAAUCGUGCGGUCAAGUAUAAGUUGUCCUACCCUAAUGUGUGAUGUUUUUUAUUCUUUGAGACAUCUGGCUGCCAAAAGAUUUCCAAAUGACCCACAUGUACAGUAUUCUGCAGUGAGCAGCUUUGUGUUUCUUCGUUUCUUUGCUGUAGCCGUAGUCUCACCUCAUACUUUUCAUUUACGACCUCACCAUCCAGAUGCACAGACUUCUAGAACAUUAACUCUUAUAUCAAAAGCCAUCCAGACUUUGGGGAGUUGGGGAAGUUUGACCAAAAGCAAACUUUCGAGUUUCAAGGAGACAUUUAUGUGUGAGUUCUUCAAAACAUUUCAAGAGGAAAAAUUCACUGAAUCUGUUAAAAAGUUUCUAGAUGAUGUUUCCUCUACUGAAAGUAAAGAGCCCAGUGGUCUGAGUGAACCAGUACAUCUAAAAGAAGGGGAAAUGUACAAAAGAGCUCAGGGAAGGACUCGCAUUGGUAAAAAGAAUUUCAAGAAACGGUGGUUCUGUCUAACGAGCAGAGAAUUAACCUACCAUAAGCAGCAAGAUAAAGAACCCAUUUUCACUAUACCAAUCAAAAAUAUCCUUGCAGUGGAAAAACUUGAUGAGAGCUCUUUCAAUAAGAAAAAUAUGUUUCAAGUACUCCAUGGAGAAAAGCCUCUCUAUAUCCAAGCCAAUAACUGUGUAGAAGCUAGUGAGUGGAUAGAAGUUCUUUGCCGGGUGACGAGAUGCAACCAGAAGAGACUUAGCUUCUACCACCCUUCUGCUUUCCUGAAUGGGAACUGGCUUUGCUGCAAGGCUACGAUAGAGAACACAGUGGGCUGCGCCCGUUGCACUGCAGAUGUUCCUGCUGAUACUCAAAUUGAGAUUGAUGGAGACAGAGAGACAGAAAGAAUUUAUUCACUUUUCACUAUCAACAUGUCUAAACUACAAAAGUUGGAAGAGGCUUGUGGAAGUAUAGCAGUCUAUCAAGGUCCAAGGAAUGAACCAGAUGAUUAUUCUAACUUCACAAUCGAAGAUUCUGUAUCAACUUUCCAUACGCUUAAGCAGAUCAUAGAUGUAGUAGAAAAGCUGAAUGAGUCACAUGAAAAAUACCGCAAGAAGAGAUCCUCGAGUGCUACAUACGGUAGUGAAGAAAAUCCAAUUGUUGGAAAAGCUUCCUAACCAAAAAAAAAACCCCACCCAAACCUGGGGCACACUUGGAUGAAAAAAGAAACUGGAAAUGUUCUUGAAUGUUUUGGGGUUUGGCUUUAGUUGUUGUUCAUUUUGUUGGGUUGGGUUUUUUUUUAAUCACUAUGUGGAUUUUUACAAAGUAUUUAAGAAUGAACAUAAAUGCUAAUGACGUUGACAAUCUAUUUAAUACUUCAUGGAAAAAAUAUCUACUUGGAAGUCUGGUCUUAAAAGUUGUUCUCGUUUUGCUGAGAAGUUUGAAGUUCCAGGUUCUGGAAGUAACAGGUGUGAAUAAAUCUAAAUGUUGCUUUGCCAUUGUUGUCUAAUUGGAAAGAACUUUGUAAACAAAUAAGCUUUUUAAUGGAAGAAAAUCCACCUGGUGUUUGUUGGUUGGAUUGCAUCUCUCAGUACAUACACUGCAAACUUGCAUGAAUUUAUCAAGAGUGCCUGCUCUGCUGAUACGGAUCUUGAAACAGAAAUCCCAAGAUACUAUGAUGUGGAAAAGAUCUGAAGCUUCACACUCGGUUCAUUUGACUUUUCUCCUUGUAUUAGGUGUUGUCAGGACUUGGGUUAUCUACAGCUGAAGUCUUAACAAAAUCAUGCAGUGUGCUGCAAAUAAUCUGGACAAGAAGAUACCAGUGUUAGUUAAUGCUUUUAAAGUACUAAGGAAGAGGAAAUCAGGGAAUUUAUGUUGUACCUCUGUUUACAUUUGGGGUGAGUAAUAUUUGGAGUGAACUUAGACCACUAUCUAUUUUCUUUAAGAUGAUUUUUUUUUAAGGUACAUAAUUCAUCUUAAUCUAAAAAGAAAUGCAGGGUAGCAAUAUUCUUUUUAAGUUGGCCUACACAGGUUGUGGUUAAGUACUGGUCAAUUUGCAUCAUCCCAUGUUUGAUUUUUAAGUCCUGUUUUUAUAUCAAGUAGUAACUAGGUCUAGCUCACCUUUUGACUACGAAUCUAAUAAAUAAUCUCUAUUAUAAUCACUCAAAGCACUUUAGAUAUCUGGACUGUGCCAGAUUAUUUUUAGAUACUUUGUAGUAUCUGCUUGUUAUGAUCAGUUGAAUGAUCAACAUUUGUUUUGUCUUAUAAGCAAUGCUUCAGUGACUAUUUUUAUAUCUUUAGUUAGUUGGGUUCAUAUUUGCCACUUAACACAAUUUUGAACUGGCAGUCUUGACUUUAAGAUUAAUUUUUGCUCACUUCAUCUGAGAAGUUAGAUUUGUGCUGAAAGAAAUAAUCUGUGUAACCAGGAAGAAGCAAAGGUAUUACUGUGGCAACUUUGCUUCAUCAGUAUUAAAUACUUGGAAUAUUAUUUUUUAAGAACCAACACAUGGUACUUAUUUUUUGGAGCAUUUGCUCUGAGGUCUUCUCUUGCUUUCUUAUUGGAUGGCUUUGGUUUUUUUUACAAUCAUAAUCUGGCCAAAUGAAUUAGGAAUGAAAUUUAACAAAUGAGAAUAGAAAUGCACAAUGCUUCUUUAAAUUACUAAACUUGCUGUUGUAGAGAGGCUUUCUGUAAUAGAAGAAAGUUGGCAAGACAAGACUGAAAACUUGUGGAAUUGAUUAAAUAUUUGGUUUAGUUCCAGACAAGACUGUUGCAGAAUAUCCAGGUCUGCAAGCUCACAAUCACUGUAUCACCUCAGCUGAUUCUGCCUUCUCUUUUUCACACAUUUGAUAUUUUCUAAGGGGUGUUUAUUUGCCAACAGUAGAAAUUGCAGGAGAGGGGAGGAGGGACUAUAGCAACGCCAAGAGGUCUUUUGCCAAGGUGAAGUGGAUCUGCAUAGUUGCCAUUAACAAAGAUCUGCCAUUAAAAACGAAGCUCAGUGUUGACUGAGUGUCAGAGUUAGGUCUUGCUGUAAAUGGAUUAACCCCAUGGCACAGUGACUGUUCCUUGGAGCCAUGUUCUGUUGUUUAGUCAAACCUAAAGUCAAAUUUAUGGAAAGUUAAUUCUAUACUCUUGCAAUUCUUGGAGUUUUUUUAAUGUGCACUUUUUUUCUGCUUUGGUACUGGAAUAUUUAGGGACAGGGGGAUGGGGGGUGGGGAACAAAAGCCAUUGAAUAUUUGUGACCAUUAAGAUUGAUUUUUUUUUUCCUCAUUUUAUAAUGCUUUAAAAUGCAGUAGGUGUUCUAGAACUUCAUUAGGUACGAGUAGGAUGAUGAAUAAUAAAAGUUGCCUUCAUUUUGAUUAGUCUAGGAAGAUGAUGUUAUCCAACAGUUCUGUUAGGAGUGUAAAUUAUCAUUAGUUUUCAUUUGUAUUAUGAUGAGGUAUUGUUGAAUGUAUUUUUAUUUAAAUUUUAUUUUCUUAUUGAGACAUUAAAAUGUUUUGUAACAUUGCUUGAGAAUAACUCACAAAUAAAUUACA